AUGCGUUUCGCGAAGGAUUCUGAGGCGAUGAUGAAGAGCCUUCGAGACCAGGGAUCACAAUUCCAAAAUUUCGUGAGAGAGAGGCACCUCUACUACGACGGAUGGACGCUCGUCCAUGGACCAACCGGGGAUCCUGACUCGGAGCAUCGAAUAGCCUCCGAGCACAUUGAUGGCGAUGUAAUUAUUGACUUCCUCGAGGGAUACAAGGCAGAGUCUUCUCUGAGAUCACCAUCGUUUGACGGUCUAGACUCAUUUGAUGACUCUGACUGGCCGGUAGGAGAUGAUGAGCUUUAUAUCAAGCAUUGGAUAAACGGUUCGCGAUCCAAACUUCUUGGGGAAAUCACGGAAAUUACGCAGCGAGGCGAAUGGUUCGGCGGCUGGCUGACCAAGCGCCGUCUGAAAGAGGACAGAUUUCUUAAUGCAUGGGAAGCCGGAACUAUGCGACAACUCGGUGGAGAUGACCUCGCACUCCUGCCACGCCGCGUCAUCGCAUAUGCUUUUCGCGAGCGCAAGUUCGUUAUGGUCGACAUUCGUGGAUUGAAGAAGAAGGAUCCUGCACCUCAAAACGUUUUCAAAGAUCUUAAGAUCGACCCGGAUCACAAGCGCAUGGUCAGGUCACUGGUCAAAACGCAUUUUGCGAGGCAAGAAAUUCAGAAGCAUCAGCCUAAUGCCAGCUUAAAUCAGGACCUGAUUCGAGGGAAGGGUUCAGGGUUGGUCAUUCUUUUACAUGGCGUUCCUGGUGUGGGCAAAACAGCCACAGCUGAGGCUGUUGCUCAAGCCAACAACAAGCCCCUCUUUGUCAUCACUUGCGGUGAUCUUGGCUUUACCCCGAAAGAAGUCGACGCCUCUCUCAAGGAUAUUUUUCGCCUGGCUCAUCUUUGGGAUUGUGUUUUGUUACUUGAUGAGGCUGACGUCUUCUUAUCUCGCCGAGAGGUGAGUGACCUGAAGCGAAAUGCCCUCGUCUCAGUAUUUCUCAGAGUCCUCGAAUACUACAGUGGCAUUCUCUUCCUCACUACGAACCGGGUUGGAACCCUAGAUGAGGCCUUUAAAUCGCGCAUCCACGUCAGCCUCUAUUACCCACCGUUGGACAAGGAUCAGACUCUGGCCAUCUUCGAUCUCAAUAUCCGGAAGCUGAAUGAUAUUCAAAGGGCGAAGCAAAUGCUGCAGGUAGAUGGGGAUUCCAGCGCUCUCAGGGAACCGGAGUUGGCAAUUAACCGUGCGUCCAUCAUGGACUAUGCAAAUUGGCACUACGACACCCAUGAGCAGUAUGAGAGAUGGAAUGGUAGACAGAUCCGAAACGCAUUUCAGAUAGCGUACUCUCUUGCACAUUACGAAAUGGAGAGAGACUCACAGGAUCAAUGGGACGAGGAUGUUGAACCGAAUAUCAAGAAGGCUAGCAACGGUCCCCAGGCAACACGUACACUGGACUAUCGGCAGUUCGUUUCUGUCGCCAAGACCAUUGAAAGAUUCGAUGACUACCUCUACGAUGCCAUCGCCUGUACUGAUAUGGACAAUGCUAGGGACAAUGGCCUUCGAGCAGAUGACCACGAUCCCAACAUGAAUCACAGACCUGACUACCAUACGAUCCGCCACGACCCGGUCCACCUCGGCGUGGGUACAGCGGCCAAGGUCUGGCGCAGCGGCCUCGACAUCCAGGUCCCCCCCGACCAAAUUAUCAACCUCCAGAGGAGGAUCCAGAUCUACAACCAAAACAGCGACCAAGGAACUCAGCGGUGCAGCAGAGGGUGA